UAUAAUCAAUGCUAUGGUAGUAUUGAGGAAAGAAGUCGUUUACGUCAUAACACAUUUUAUCAAGUUAUUACAACCCAGAAUCAUUACUUCUUUGUUGGAUUGAAAGCAUAAGACAGAGAUACACAAUACUUACUCUGCUUCGUGAACUUCAUGGGUGACGUAUUCGAAUUCUUUCUUGAAUGCUAGACUAUAUACUACAACGAAUAUUAUGCCGAAGAAAAAAGGAGAUAGUAGUUAGUUCUAUCUUCGGUUAUUCCACAGAGUAAAGUGCGUGCUUUGUAAUGCGUACUUUUUUCUUUGAAUGUGGAAUGUCAGCUGUUGAAUUUAGAGGGAAAAUGUUCAUCAUGAUCACAACUAUUUUCAUAAGGAUGUGAACUCAAGAAUUUCAAUUGAGCCUCCCAAUCCGGUUGCAAAUCCUACAUCACAUGAUAUUGAUGUACAGUCAAAAAGUGUGGCCCUUGAUCAUGAUUAUGAUGGUAAUGGGUUAGGAAAUAAGUCGCCACAAGAUUUGUCGUUGGAAGCAACACCAGGUACUGAGACAAUUCAAGCUCACCCAGAAUCUGACUCGCUAGAGGUGCUUCAUGAAUUCUCAUUUAUAGAUAAAGAAGAGUAUGAUGAUGUUUUGUUGCAUGAAAUGGAGGUCGAGAUUCAUCCUAAACCUUCUAUAAUAACAGGACAUAGAAUUGUUGAUUUGCAACACGUUUUAAAUUAGGCAUUGCAUUUACAAGUUGACCAUUCAAAGAAAUGUACCGGAGGUCAAUUGGAACCGAUACUAGAAGAGAGAAACGGCUUGGUUAGCACAAUAACCUUUAAAUGCAAUUAUUGCGGUUUUGAAAUAAAGCGGUGCACACAUCCUGGAAGAAAUUACGCAGUUCAAAACAUUAAUACGGCAGCUGUGUGGUCAACCAUUUCUGCUGGAAAUACUUUCAGUAACUUGCAGGAACGUCUAGCAAUUAUGAAUAUUCCUCCAUUGACCUAUAGUAUGUUCCAAAAAAUUGAAUGCUUUUUAAGCAAAGAGUGGGAAGAUCGUCUGUGGAUUUCUAUUGAAAAAGCAGGCAUAGAGGAGUAUGAUAUAGCUAUUUCAAAAGGACAAGUGGACGAAAAUGGUUUGGCAUGGGUUGUCGUGUACACAGAUUGCGGCUGGAGUCAACGGUCUUAUGGGCAUAGUUACAAUGCUUCGUCAGGAGUCGCUGUAAUAAUUGGGAAAGCAACUGGUAAAAUUUUAUUCUUGGGCGUGAGAAAUAAAUAUUGCUCAGUAUGUGCAAGAGCUAAGAAGGAAGAUGAAAUUAAAGAACACAUCUGUUACAAAAACUGGACGGCAUCAUCGGGGGCGAUGGAAUCUGAUAUUAUUGUCGAAGGGUUCAAUCACAGCAUUUCUAUGCACAAAAUUAAAUAUUUAAAGUUUAUAGCAGAUGGUGAUUCGUCCGUUUUUGCUAAAAUAAAACAAAAAGUUACGUAUGGCAAUGAAGUAGAAAAAAUACAUUGCAGUAAUCAUGCUGUGAAAAAUUACGGGAAGGCUUUGUAUAAAAUAAAAAACGAUACUGCCAUAGCAUUGCAAGCUAGAAAGUUCUUAACAGUGAAAAACAUCAAGGCUCUUCAAGAAAUUGCCAUGAAGGUUUUAUAUGAAAAUGCUCAUGGUCUCGUCGAAGAUUUAAAAACAGACCUUAUGAAUGGACCAAAACAUGUAUAUGGGGAUCACUCCUCUUGCAAGGAAAGCUACUGCGAAACUCGAGGAUGUGUGGAAAACAGUAAAGUCGUUGACUUAAAAAAUACUGGCGUCUAUCAUCACAUAUAUGGUGCCUUGGAUCGUCUAGUCGCUAAAGGACAUCAAUUAAUCGACAAUGAAACCAAUAAUAGAGCAGAGCUUUAUAUGUCGAUUUUAUGCAAAUUUAAUGCUGGAAAACGAUUAAAUUUAAAUCAAAGAGGAUCGUUUGAGACAAGAGCUAAUCUGUCCGGGUUAAGGUACAAUAAUGGGAUUGGUUGGCAGGAGGAAAGUUGGAAAGCCAUAACGAGUAGCAGUCCAGGAGAACAUUUCAAAAACCAUAUAGGGCGGUUGAAGCACCAGGAAGCAAACCGAAAAGUACGACAACAGAAUGCUGGACCAGUCAAGCGCAAACUUAAAUUGGACUUGCCACUACUUAAAUGUAGAAAAACAGAAACACAAUCUGCAAUAGAUUAUGGAGCAAAUGCCACUCAACAUCAAAAAAAUGAGGAAGAAGUUAAUUCCGAAAAAUUGAGAAUUUUAAGAAGCCUACAGGUGUCCCAAGAAGACAUAGCUGAAAUUGAAAAAAAUACAAGGGGGCAAUGGGACAAUAAUAGAUAUGUCAUGGAACGGAGAAGGCGUCUCACUGCAUCAAAUUUUGGCGAAGUAUGUAAAAGAAGGUUUAACAAGGAACCACAUAAUCUAGUGGCACGGAUUCUACAUCCCAAGAACUUUUACAGUGAGGCCGUGAACUAUGGGAAAAUGCAAGAAAAAGUUGUUAUUCAAAAAUUUGCUUCUGCCAAAAAUGUUAAAAUUGUAGAUAGUGGAUUAUUUAUAGAUGAACUACACCCAUACCUGGGUGCUUCUCCUGAUGGUUUGCUAGGAGAGGAUUCAAUCGUGGAGGUGAAAUGUCAGUAUAAACUGCAAAAGAUAAGAAAACAUUAUUAGAAGCAGCCCAGUCAUCAAAAAGUUAUCCAAGCUUUUGUCUUCAAUUGAAUGAUGCAGGAAAAUUACAACUCAAACGCAAUCAUAAUUAUUAUUAUCAGAUACAGGGACAAUUAAACAUAUCUAGGAAAAGUUUAUGUUUUUUUAUUGUCUAUGUGAAUGAUGAACAACCAUUACAUAUUGAAAUCAUUCAAAAAGAUGAGGUGUUUUGGAAUGAUGUGAUGCUGCCGAACUUGACUACCUUUUAUUUAGAUUGGAUGUUGCCUGAAAUAGUUAACAAGUUAUGAUUACAUUCUGUCUAUAUUAACUAUUACCUAUUAUAAUAACAGUUCUUACAAAGUCAUUAUUUAUUGCAUAACCAUGCUUGUACAUAAAGUUAACAAUAAACUUUCUAGUC